ACUUUGAAAUUUGAUUUUGGUUAUUGAUUAUUAAAUUAGUUAGAGAUUGUUUUUGUUUUAGUGUUUUGGAAGUAUAGCUAAGUAGAUGAACAAACUUGACGGAAAAACCAAGGGUAUUGUUGGCAAUAUUUGUUGUUUAUGUGCUGUUUUUUCAACUCUUUAAUUGAUUUGUUAUUUUUCUUAGUGGUAAUAAGAUUUGGGGGCAAAUUAUUUUAGCAAGUAUAUUUUGAUUAGUUAUGAUUUAGGUGAGAAAAUCCACCUAUCAAGAUUAUGUUUAAUUAGACAUCAAGAUUUUGUUUUGAAUGAUUGGAUUUCUAAUUUGGGCUACAUAGAGUUGAAUUUUGGUGUAAUAGGAUUAGAAUAGCAAUACUGAUUUCAGAAUUCGAAGUGGGUAUUGAUAGAAUUUUACUAGUGUUAUUUAAGAAGCAAGCAUUAUUUAGUACAAGUGGGCUAGAAAAUUGCAGACUGCCUGUUUUGUAUAAAUACAAGACUUUGGGGUUAUUGUAGUGUUGAUUUGAGGUGUGUUGUUGUAUUUGGUGUUGAUAAUUGGUUUAUAUAGAAGAUAUGGUUGGAAGUGUUGAAGUCAUGAAUAAUGGUUAUAGUAAUGGAUCAGUUCAUAAUCAUAAUGGUAAUGAGGAAAAGCUCGAUGAGCUUCGAAGGCUAUUGGGAAAGGCCGAUGGUGAUCCUUUAAGAAUUGCCGGUGUUGGGGCUGGUGCUUGGGGUAGUGUAUUUCUAGCUUUGUUGCAAGAUAGUUAUGGUCGGUAUCGUGAUAAGAUACAAAUUAGGAUAUGGAGGAGGUGUGGAAGAGCAGUUGAUAGACCAACUGCUGAGCAUCUCUUUGAAGUGAUUAAUUCAAGAGAGGAUGUAUUAAGGAGAUUGAUUCGGCGUUGUGCAUAUUUGAAGUAUGUUGAAGCGAGGUUGGGUGAUCGAACACUUUAUGCAGAUGAGAUAUUGAGGGAUGGAUUCUGCCUAAACAUGGUUGAUACUCCACUUUGUCCCUUGAAGGUUGUGACCAACUUACAGGAAGCGGUUUGGGAUGCAGACAUUGUUGUGAAUGGAUUGCCUUCAACCGAGACUCGGGAAGUGUUUGAAGAGAUCAGCAAGUAUUGGAAGGAAAGGCUCACAGUUCCUAUAAUCAUAUCUUUAUCUAAGGGAAUUGAGGCUGCAUUGCAACCUGUUCCCCACAUAAUCACUCCCACACGGAUGAUUCAUCGAGCAACUGGGGUACGGAUGGAAAAUAUCCUUUAUCUAGGUGGACCAAACAUUGCCUCUGAGAUCUACAACAAAGAAUACGCUAAUGCACGUAUAUGUGGUGCGGAAAAGUGGAGGAAACAUCUAGCAAAGUUUCUAAGGCAACCCCAUUUCAUCGUGUGGGAUAACAGUGACCUUGUCACUCAUGAAGUUAUGGGUGGUUUGAAGAAUGUCUAUGCUAUUGGAGCUGGAAUGGUAGCUGCCCUCACUAAUGAAAGUGCUACCAGCAAAUCAGUUUAUUUUGCUCAUUGUACAUCAGAGAUGAUAUUCAUUACUCAUUUGCUGGCUGAGGAUCCUGAGAAGCUUGCUGGGCCGUUGCUAGCUGACACGUAUGUGACGUUAUUGAAAGGACGGAAUGCAUGGUAUGGACAAAUGCUGGCAAAGGGUGGUUUGAACCUGGAUAUGGGUGAUAGCAUCAGUGGCAAGGGGAUGAUUCAGGGUGUCUCAGCAGUUGGAGCUUUCUAUGAGCUCCUGAGUCAAUCCUCUCUGAAUGUGUCUCGGCAUGGAGAUCGCAAGCCAGUCGCUCCUGUUGAGUUGUGCCCGAUCCUAAAGACACUAUACAAGAUACUCAUAAAAAGGGAACAAUCUUCAGAAGACAUUCUCCAAGCACUGAGGGAUGAGAACAUGAAUGAUCCCCGGGAUCGAAUCGAAAUUGCUCAAUCACAUGCUUUCUACAUGCCUUCACUCCUGGGGAAGCCCAUAGAUUCAUGAUAUAUCAUUUUGAAAUUAUGCAGUGGAUCAAAAGAAUGAAUAACACUUCCACAUCAUAUAUAAUGAUUUAUGAAGUAUAUUCUUCUCGUCAAAAAAAAAAAAAAAAAAAAAGUAUAUUCUUAUAAUAAAGCUAUUAUACUAAAGGUCAAAAGAUGCAGUUUACAUACAAGUAGUACCAUUCUUAUUGUUUAUUUUAUUGAGAAGAUGUAAUUGGGAAGAUACAAUGUUAAAUUUGUUUGAAUCAAAAGUCAAGGUUAUAUUGUACAUCCAAUAAUCCAAAUGUAUAGUGAAAUUUGCCUCCAAAUAAAACAUCAAUUCUUUGUAA